CUCUUCUCGUCGCUGGCAUUACUUGCAUCUCAUCAUGGAGCGAGUUCCCAGAGAGAACAUUUGGGAUUGUUUGUCUCUUCGCUUGUGGGACUAUUUGGAGGCACCGGAGGAUCUACCUGUGCGUUCAGCCUGUCGCUCACUGGAGGCUUUGCCAUCUUGGGAUGGUGUACAUCCUGAAACUGGUUUGCAAGUGCCACAUUUGGCCCUGAGUAUCACCAGUCUGCCGUGGGCGCAGAAACGUAUUUGUGUUUCUUCUGUGGAGUCUCUCCGGCUCUUCGCCAAGACUGGUGACCAGGUCGAGGACAACGAAGGCCUUUUCUGCAAGAUCCUUUGCUGGUUUGCCAAGGCAGGUGGGGAACCAUGGGUGCGAUGGCUGCUUACUGCGAUCCUUAGGGAUGGACGCCUGAAAGUUGCAGAGAAUCCGGGUCCACCGGGUCCACCGGGUCCACCGGGUGGCAAAGGCAGCAAAGGCAGUGCAGCCGGCUCCGCUUUGCUGGCGGCGGCAGGGUCUGGACAAGUGCACGUGCUGCGGUGCCUUCUGAAGGCUUCAGCAGAUGUCCGGACUACGGACGAGAACGAAUGCACUGCUCUCCACUGGGCAGCUGAUCAGGGCCAUGCGGAGGCAUGCAAGUUGCUCAUCAAGUCCGGUGCGUGCGUCGAUGAUGCGGAUGAUGAUGCAUGGACGCCUUUGUGUUUGGCAGCGGAGGAGGGUCAUCUGCAGACCUGCAAAGUUUUGCUGGCUUUUGGAGCUAGAGUGAGCAUUCCUGAUGAAGACUUACGAUCUCCUUUGUGGUGGGCUGCGUGGCGAAAACACUCUGAUCUAGUGAAGUUGCUCUUGAGACAUCGUGCAGACGUGAAUCAAAGCGAUCGUUGGGGUGUGUCGCCCAAGAUGAUUUUGAACGAUUCAGCACCAAUAGCCAGAAGGUGUGCUCCACAUCUGUGACCAGUCUGGCGAAAGAUGUCAGCACCGUAAAGAGGGAAGGCAGCCGACAUCCAGCGAGAGCCAUGUCAAACGUGGCAACAUACCUGGGAAAGCACCAUGAAGGGAAGAGGGAGCGAGAAGAAGCAAGAAGCAGACUGAAGCAGAUUGAAGCGAAUGAAGCAACCUCGAAGUACGUCGAGGUUUGAGACAUUUGAGACUCCUGAGAAGGCAGCUCGGCUUUGCCGAGCACCCCCACCAGCUUCCACUUGGCUGACCUGCACACUGCGACAAGGCUGAAGCGGGGAUUGGAAA